CACUCAGCAAAAUUUAUAGCCGUUGGAGCUCUCUCACUGUCACUCACUCACUCUCUUCCUCUCUCUCUCUCUGUCUGAGUAAUCCAACAAGAAGAUCAUAAUCUUCAUUUUCAUUCUCCUUAACCCAUUUUAAGCAAAGAAUCCCAUUCCAAUUUUCUUUCAUUGCCAGAUUAUUCAAAAAAAAAAUGAAGGGGGUGAAAGGAAAGCUGUUGAAGAAGCUCAAAUCAAUCAAACAGAUCUCAUCUCUGAAGGCAGAACGUGUUCUUCAGCUGAAAGCCUCAGAUGGGUAUGCUGAUUUUCUCCCAAAGAUUCCAUCUUUCAAUCUACCAACCCCGUUUGUUUCCCGAGAAAAACAUUCCCAGAAAGCUGUCCAGAGCUGCGAAAAUGUGCAGGAGCAGGAGAACAUCAUCGAUGUGUCUGAGCUCAUGAGAGACCUUGAAGAAGAAGAGGAUAUGGAUUCGGAUGAUUACAAUGACAACAAAGAGAACAUAGUGCCAGGUUUGCUGAAAUCUGAAGGUAAUGUAACUAUUUUACAGAACAAGGUCAGAGAAGAAACAGGGUUGAAACAGAGUGGUGGUGGAGUUUUGAAGGAAAAGAGAUCACCAUUGGUGCUAUCAUCAAGAGCUGAUGGUGGUGGUGGUAGUAAAAGGAAAACUCCUAUGUCGGAGAUUGAUAUUUCAUCGUUCCGGCGACCGGAUUUGAACUCCGGUAGCCUGUUUGAUCCUAAUCUACUAGCUGCAUUUGAAGAAGCUCUGAAGGAACAUGCUCUGGUGACAGAAGAACAGAGGAGAGCCAGAGUUGAAACAGAGUCCUCACAGAACAAGGAAGAUGAAGAUGAAGAAGAAAAAGACCCUUUGAUGUUGUUUGAAGAGAAGUGUCCACCAGGAGGUGAAACCACUGUGAUUUUCUACACAACAACACUCAGGGGAAUCAGGAAAACCUUUGAAGACUGCAGCAAAAUCCGGUUCCUGCUGCAGAGUUUCAAGGUUCUGUAUUUUGAGAGGGACAUAUCAAUGGACCAAGGUUUCAGGGAUGAGCUGUGGAGCAUUUUGGAUGGGAAAACUCUGCCUCCAAGGCUCUUUGUGAAGGGAAGGUACAUUGGAGGAGCUGAAGAAGUUGUGACUUUGCAUGAGCAGGGGAAGCUGAAGAAACUCUUUGAAGGGGUUCCAAUGGAUUACUUUGAUGGUGCUUGUGAUGCUUGUGGUGGGGUGAGGUUUGUGCUAUGCUUCAAGUGUAAUGGAAGCCACAAGGUGAUUGCAGAAAAUGAAGAGAAAGAGAGCACUCAGUGCCCUCAGUGUAAUGAGAAUGGUUUGAUUGUUUGUCCCUAUUGCUGCUAGGAGCUGAAAAUAUCAGUUCAUACAUACUUCACUGUUCUAUUUACAGUGAUAGAGUUUAUUUAUACCUUAUCUGCCUUCAUAGAAAUUUGUAUGUAAUUGAAUUUGUGGGAACUGGAUUCCCUUUUUCUGUUUUUUUCCCCUUUGAGUAAGGAUCAUUCUUUAAACAUUUUUUGCAAGUGCUAUUGCAUUGGCUGUUUGUGCUGGUUAUUGGAUCAAUCUAAAGUUGUUCAAAUC